ACUUGUGAAAUUAUUAGAAAACUAUUAACACCUGAGCAAAAUGAAUGAUUCGUUUGGUGAUUUCAAUGCCACACAGACGGCACCGGCGGGCGCCGCCAGCAACCAAAAAGGAGAGGGAAUUGUGCCUUUGUUUAUAAAGCAGAUUGUGGAUGCGCCCGAAGGGAAUAUUGAGCUGUUCGGCAUGCAAUUUGGCAUGGCGUGUCUGGUGGCAAUCGUUCGGAAUGUGGAGACCUCUUCCACCAAGAUAACCUAUACGCUGGAGGACCACAGUGGUCGGAUCGAUGCCCACUACUGGCUGGAGGAGGGCGACGCCCUCAAGGCACCGGAAGUGAUGCUAAACAACUACGUCAAGGUCUAUGGCACCACACGCUCGCAGGCGGGCCAGAAAUCGCUGAUGGUAUUCAAGCUGCUGCCCGUCCUGGAUCCCAAUGAGGUGUGCACCCACCUACUUGAGGCUCUGAAUGCCCGCUACAAGGCGGAGGAUUACCAGAACAAGGGCGGUUCGUCUGCCAUGGUCCCUGAUUUCACCGCCUCUCAGAGCACGGCUAUUGUGAAUGGGCUGGAUCCCAAGCAGCAGGCGGUGUUCCAGGCCAUCAAGAGCAACAUGUCCGAGGAGGGAAUAAAUCGAAAGGAGCUGAAGGCCAAGUUUUCGCACAUCAGUGAUUCCGAAUUGACCAACAUUUUGGACUUUAUGAUUUCGGAGGGCCAUAUCUACUCGAGCAUAGAUGCUGAUCAUUUUAUUUGCACCAUGUAAAAUGUUUUGGUUCAACAAUAUCCACUAACUUUAUAAUUAAUCGAAUAAAUGUAUUAAGUUUCCAG